AUCACCUGACUCGUGUGGCGCAAAAAGUAUUUCUGUUGCAGUUGUGCAAAUACUGUACAUUCAUUUGGAUACCUUAAUGUUGGCGCAGUUUUUUAAAUCCAAAAACGUACCUUAUUUUCCCGGAAAUUGGCUUGUUUCCAUUAAGUGAAUUAUUUUUGCAAGAGCAAUUUGCGUAGUUCUAUGGUUAACGCAGCUUAACAAGAUGCUGUCCAUAAUUUUCUCUGUUUUAUAUAAAGUCUCUGUAACGCAUGUCUGACUGGCGACACUGUCAGUGUCCAGAGUUGAGGCAAACAAAACAACAACAACAAAAGAAACAACAGGAAUAAGCGACUCGUUUAUUUUUGUGUUGGACCGGAAAUGUCUGUUUGUCCUGGGAUACUCAUAUAAUUCGUUUUUCCACUGCUCUGUAACGUAAAGUGCCUUCUUGAGUAAAUUUCAUUUCGUCACUCACGCUGAACUGAAGCGAACUCGGAAAUUAAGGUAGGGCACACUCUUGCUUUGGCUCACAUCGGUUUCAGACGCAACAUAUUGCGCUAAAACUCUGCACAAACAUUUAAGUUAGCAUAUCAUUUUGAGUUCUCAGCUGUGUUGCUGACCGAAGCUUUAUAAAACAUUCAAAUAGAUUUACGAGGAAGUGAACCCGGAAGUAAAAGAAGCUAACUAUCUUGCUCGUGCAGCUCAUCUUUGUGCGGCGAUGCUAGCAUGGCUAGCUGCCAGCUCGGCUCGGCCUCGGUGGCAUGGAUAUAGAGACUGCUUUCCACACGGUUGGAGAGUUUGGGCCGUACCAGAAGCGGGCGGUCACCGUGCUGGUUCUGGCGCAGGUCUACAUGGCCUGCCAGUCCAUGCUGAUCGUUCUGGUCGGAUACACACCAGAGUAUCGGGUCGAGAAUCAGGACGGUGGUUCGUCUGGCCACCGGGAGCUGCAGCAGCAUGUCAUCUUUACCGAGGAUGUGGACUCCAUCGUCACCGAGUGGGUUCUCAUCAGACAGCAGGCCUAUAAGGUCAGCCUGGCCGGGUCGCUGUUCUUCACCGGGCUGCUGGUGGGGAACGUCGUCUUCGGGCCGCUCUCCGAUCGGAUCGGACGGAGGCCCGUCUACCUGACAGGUCUGUUCUUCGAAGUGAUGUUCGGUUACCUCACCGCCCUGGCGCCCAGCUACGAGGUCUUUGCCGCCUCUCGGCUCCUGGUGGGGCUGAUGAACGGAGGCAUCGGCCUCGUCUGCUUCGUCCUCACCCAGGAGUACGUGGGGAAGUCCUACUGGGCCAUGACCGGGACGCUGACCAGCAUGAUCUUCGCCGUCGGCAUCGCUCUGUUCGGAGCGCUGGGCUACUUCGUCCGGCCCUGGAGGACUUUGGCCAUGGUGGCCAACUCCUCUGGCGUCCUGUUCUUCCUGCUGUCUGUAACUCUUCCAGAAUCUCCUCGCUGGCUUUAUUCUCAGGGACAGACGGAGCGAGCCGAAGAGGUUCUGCGCUUCAUGGCGUUGAGGAACGGCAGCAACGCCACCAGCCUGGUUCUGCAGCGGGUCGGCGCCGCCAGGCCCGGCGGCCCGGCGAGGAGGCGGGGUGGCGUCCUGCAGCUGGCGGUCCAUCCGGUGCUGCGCCUCAGGACGAUGGUGCUCAUGUACGUGUGGUACUGCUGCAGCCUGGUGUAUUACGGCCUCACCCUGGGAGCCAGCGCCACCUCGGGGAGUCGCUUCGUUAACGUGGCCAUGUACGGCCUGGUGGAGCUGCCGGCCUACCCGCUCUGCAUCUAUUUCAUCAAUAAGAGCUGGGCCGGCAGGAGGAAGAGCAUGUCCAGCUUCCUGUUCCUGGCCGGCUCCGCCUGCCUCUGCACCACGCUCAUCCCCGAGAACUCAGGGUCUCUGCUGAGCAUCACGUCUCUGGCUCUGCUGGGGAAGCUGAUGGUCAGCGCCGCGUUCAACAUCGCCUACGUUUACACCUCAGAGCUCUACCCGACUGUGAUCAGGAACGCCGGGUUGGGAGUGUGCUCCAUGUCCUGCCGAGUCGGAGGAAUCCUGGCGCCGUUUGUUCCCUCCAUGCGCGCGCUGCACGCCUCCAUGCCCUUCACGGUGUUCUGUCUGAGCGGUUUGUCUGCUGGCUGCCUGGGCCUCCUGCUGCCAGAGACCCUGAACAGACCUGCAGCCGACACUCUGGAGGAGCUGAGCAGCAGCCGGGUUCUGGAGAACAAGGCUCUGCUGUAUGAAGAUAAAAAACUGAAAUCAAACCACCAGUGAAGCUCUGGUCUUCGUUUCGGUCCAGAGGGAGCGGCUGCGUCAGCGCGGCGUACCGGCCCUUUAAGACGGAGAGUCUCCGGGUCGCCGCCUGCCGGGUUCUCCUCGGUUCCUCCUCAGGUUUUUCUCUCCAGGUGUUGCUGCCUCUGGCAGGAAGUGAAGCACAAACUUUAAACAUUCCUCUGGCCGUCGCUCUGAAUGAAGCCAGGUCAAAGUUCACUGAACCCAGAAUCAGCUGGGAAACAUGAUCUGCUGGGAGCAGAGCUUUAAUCUGAACCGGGUCGUGGUUCUGAUCCGUUAGAGAAACUUUCUUCACUUUCAGUGAAAGUGAUGAUGAUGAUGUAACACCUGGCAGCUCAGGUGAAGAUCAAGUGAUGUUUAAUAUUUUCCAUUUUAUAUGAAUCAAGCUUUGCUGCCCCCUGGUGGCCGACAGUGAGCAGGUCAGGAACUGAACUGGAUCACAGAUUAUUUUUAAAACAGAGGCGAUGCCGAGUCACGAUGUGGAAGCUAUCAGAGCGAAGCCGCAGCAUGUAGAUCUGGAUUCUGACCCGUUUACACGCUGAAAUGUGAUUCUGAUGGAAACUCUGGGUUUUCACAUCUUUCCUGAACUCCGGUCGAUUUUUCUACCUGAACUCAUUUUGAACUGAGGAAGAAACGGUGGCUGGUAAUAACUGUGCCUCUCUGAUGUUUAACACUCUAAAACUCCAAAUGUCACCAAGGAUUCCUGUCUGGUUUCUGGUCCAAACGUCUCAGUUCACUGGAAACGAGACAAAACUAACUUACACUUAAACCUUCAGCAAGAUACAGAUAUUAAUGGCAUUUUGCUGACAUAAGUGAAAUACUCAGCCAGAGUAACUAAUUGGUUUCCAUCAAUAUUAAAGUGACUUUAAUCAUAUUUCAAAGAUAUUUGCACUAGAACUAGACCGAAAUACUUGGUAAUAUUUUGUUUUUGCUGCAUUCAUGUUCAUCCUCAAAUAUUCUGAAAACGACCAAUAAUAGAUUUAUUUACUUCCUGUUUACUUCCUGAUAUUCUGUAAAAUGUCAGUUUCCCAGCCAGAAAUCAGCCCAACAUCAGGUUUAGGGUUCAAACUAUCUGAGUUUUCCUACUGAUUAAAUCCUAAAAUUGGAAUAAAAACCUAUAAUUUUUGAUAAAAGCCUCUAAAGACGAAUUCCUGGUUCAUUCUACAGCAUCUCUAACUCUCCUAGGUGAGAAAAUCUCUGCACUUUAAAUCUGCACAUUUAUGGGACCAACCCUAAUUAUUUUAAAGUUAAUUUUGUAGUAAAUUCUGAUAAACUUUGACAUGUUAAAUCCUGAUUUUUUUUUUCCAGUAA